AUGUUUGAUGGGCAAUAUCCCCAACCUUCUGACCCUGCUUAUGAGCAAGUACUGGAUUCCUUAGCUAUGGUAGCUCGACAUAAACGCAUAACUCUUUUAGAAGCCCUUCUAAGAUGGAGAGAAAGUGAAUCCCCAAAAGGUGAAAAUGAGGCAUCUACAUUCGAAAGAAAGCCCAGCAUGUGGUGGAGUGCAUUUUUUGUUCAGCAUGUAUUCGCUUUUUCGAGUGCUGUCCACAAGAAGGACUUACAGAGAAACUUUGGUUGGGGCUUGAAAUCUCUUUACCAACAAACACAACAACCCAAUUACUCAUUCUCUACUCUAGCACAGAACCAAACAACACCCACCAAGAAUUUCAAAACAUUCUCCCAUAUUUUCCAGCAAUGCUCCCAUGGCAGAGCUCUGAAUCCGGGAAAACAAGCCCAUGCUCGCAUGAUAGUUUCUGGGUUUGAGCCCACUGUCUUUGUUACAAAUUGUUUGAUCCAAAUGUAUGUAAAGUGUGGUGUUUUGGAAUAUGCAAGUAAGGUGUUUGACGGAAUGCCACAGCGGGACACGGUCUCGUGGAACACCAUGAUUUUUGGGUACGCUGAGAGUGGAAAGAUGGGGUUUGCGCAGUCUUGUUUUGAUGUUAUGCCUGAGAGAGAUGUGGUCUCUUGGAAUUCUUUGAUUUCAGGGUACUUGCAGAGUGGUGACUAUCAUAAGUCUAUUGAAGUUUAUGUGAAUAUGGGGAAUGUGGGUGUGGAAUUCGACUGUACUACGACUGCUAUGGUUCUGAAAGCAUGUUCUGUUAUGGAAGAUAUUGGUUUGGGGAUUCAAAUUCAUUGUGUUUCAGUCAAGAUGGGUUUUGAUAUUGAUGUGGUCACGGGAAGUGCUUUAGUAGAUAUGUAUGGGAAGUGUAAGGAACUGGAUUGUUCACUUCAGGUUUUCCGUGAAUUGCCUGAAAAGAAUUGGGUUUGUUGGAGCGCUGUGAUUGCAGGUUCUGUUCAGAAUGACCAGUUUGUCAAGGGUAUAGAUCUGUUAAAGGAGAUGCAGAAAGCAGGAGUCGGGGUAAGCCAAUCAAUCUAUGCUAGUGUAUUCAGGUCCUGUGCAGGAUUAUCUGCAUAUAGGUUAGGUACUCAGUUUCAUGUACAUGCUAUAAAGACAGACUUACUAUAUGAUGUGAUAGUUGGAACUGCCACAUUGGACAUGUAUGCAAAAUGCGGCAGUAUGUCUGAUGCUAGAAAGAUAUUCAACUUGAUGCCAAAUCAUAGUUUGCAGUCAUAUAAUGCAACUAUUGUUGGCUAUGCUCGAAACGAGCAAGGUUUUGAAGCUCUUGAGUUAUUUCUGCUUUUGCUGAAGUCUGGUCUUGGUUUUGAUGAGAUAACAUUAUCUGGUGCACUCAGUGCUUGUGCAGUGAUCAAGGGGCACUUGGAGGGGCUUCAACUGCAAGUAUUAGUGGUUAAGAGUAGCUUGAGAUCAAAUAUAUGUGUAGCAAAUGCCAUUUUGGACAUGUAUGGUAAAUGUGGAGAUCUGUUUGGGGCCUCUCGCGUGUUUGAUGAGAUGGUAAGUAGAGAUGCUGUGUCUUGGAAUACAAUUAUUGCAGCUCAUGGACAGAAUGAAAAUGAAAAGGAGACACUUUCAUUCUUCGUUUCCAUGCUCCGCUCAAGGAUGGAGCCGGAUGAGUUCACCUUUGGCAGUGUUCUAAAAGUGUGUGCAGCUCAACAUUCUUUAAAUUAUGGGAUGGAAAUCCAUAGCAGAAUUAUUAAAUCUGGAAUGGGCAUGAACUUGUUCAUUGGAGGUGCCCUUGUCGAUAUGUACUGCAAGUGCGGAAUGAUGGAAGAGGCAGAAAAGAUACAUGACAGAACAGAAGAACAAACCAUGGUUUCAUGGAAUGCAAUCAUAUCUGGUUUCUCACUACAUAAGCAAAAUGAGGAUGCACAGAGAUAUUUCUCUCAGAUGUUGGAAAUGGGUGCAGAACCUGAUAACUUCACAUACGCAACGGUUCUUGAUACCUGUGCUAAUUUGGCUACUGUUGGACUUGGGAGGCAGAUCCAUGCUCAGAUUAUCAAGCAUGAAUUGCAAUUAGAUGUAUACAUAACCAGCACUCUUGUCGAUAUGUACUCAAAGUGUGGCAACAUGCAAGAUUCUUAUCUAAUGUUCAAAAAGGCACCUAAGCGAGAUGCUGUUACAUGGAAUGCCAUGAUUUCCGGGUAUGCAAACUUUGGCCUUGGAGAAGAUGCCCUUAGAAUUUUUGAGAACAUGCAGCUUGAGAAUGUUAAGCCAAACCACUCCACUUUUGUUUCAGUACUCCGAGCCUGUGGACAUAUAGGACAAGUUGAAAAGGGGUUACAUUAUUUCCGCACAAUGCGUAAUGACUAUGGUUUACACCCUCAGUUGGAGCAUUACUCGUGCAUGGUGGAUAUCAUAGGGAGGUCAGGUCAAGUUCAUGAGGCUCUGAGGCUUAUUCAAGAUAUGCCUUUUGAAGCUGACGACAUUAUAUGGAGGACGCUGCUUAGCAUUUGCAAGCUCCAUGGAAAUGUAGAAGUGGCUGAAAAAGCAGCCAGCUCUAUUUUGCAACUGGAUCCUCAAGAUUCUUCUACCUAUGUUCUACUAUCAAAUAUAUAUGCUGAAGCUGGAAUGUGGGGUGAGGCCUCGAAGAUGAGGAAAACAAUGAAGCGUAACAAAUUGAAGAAAGAGCCUGGUUGCAGCUGGAUUGAGGUGAAAGAUGAGUUACAUGCAUUCCUGGUUGGGGACAAGGCUCAUCCAAGAUGUAACGAGGUGUAUGAGAAGCUCAAUUUGCUAGUUGCUGAGAUGAUGAGAGUUGGAUAUAGGCCGGAAAUUGAUGUCCUGCUUGAUGAGGAGAUGGAAGAACAGGAGCUUGAAGAUAAGCUCAAAAUUAGUAUGCAUAAUGAGUCAACUGUUGGUUACCCUUUGGUAACUCUUCUAUGUCUUGGUGAUGGUGCAAUUUUCAUCAACAACUUAAGCUCUCACUUGGAUCAACUCUACAAGUUUCUUAGAGUGAGUCCAAGAACAAAUUUGCAUAGAGGACAAUAA